AUGUCGAAGACAACAAAUGCCGUAGACGGUGCUGGCACUGUCGACCACGACACACAAGAAGACCAUGGGGACACUAGUGGUGAUGUCAAUGUUGAUGAUGCCAAUAGUGAAAACGGUGAUGAUUCGGAUUAUGACUACAGUACACUGAGUGACAAUGAUGUGGGGUUACUACAACAUGCGUCACAUCAUUACCAAGGUCGGUACUUGGCUGAAACACUAACAGCAACGUUAGAAUCUGUGGAAUUAGACAAGUCGCUCGCACUUGAAGCUCAGAUCAGUGGUCAAUUGAACUCCAAGAAUCAAGAAUUAGUAUCUAAAAAGCUUCAGCUUAUUGAACGACUAGAAACUUUACAACAACAGUAUAAAAAAUACUUCAAGCCAACUAAUGAUAAUUCCCUUAGUGUUGUUAAUCAAAUUAGAAACGACUUGAAGUUAUUGGAACAACGAGUUCACGAAUUGAAACAUGGCAAGUCAUCUAUGAAAAGAUUUUGGAAAGAGUAA